AUGUCAGUAGCUGAUCCAAAGGCAGACAAGUCCAGCCCUGCAGGGGAUGCAAGCGUGUCUGUUCUGGUCAAGAUGCACUUUCUAUCAAGUUCAUCCGCUUGUGCUGAGCUAGUUGAUCAAAUUCGUCAGGCUGGCGAUCUUGGUACUUUUUCAAGUCUUUCAUUGGAAAAACAAAGGGAAGCAACAUUGCGUCUGCUUCAAAAAGGACUAGUUUUUGUUGUUAAGACUAUUUGGAAGUCGUCUGCUGUUACCCCCUCUUCUGCUCAGCUUAAUGAUUUGGAGAAGAAGGAUGCCGAACUGAUUAGCAAGCUUUCUACCGAGCAGACCCGUUAUGAGAAUAAGACGUCUGAUUUGAGGACGAUGAUAUCUGCGCUGAAGAGUUCCUUUGUUGAGAAGGAUUCUGAGCUUAGCUCUUCUGCUGCUGACUUGGCUAGUCAAAAAUAUGCUUACUUUCAUCUUAAGAGCAAGAAUGCUGACAUCUCUCUUAGUUAUGAUAAGCUCUUGCCUAGAUUUCGCGCCUAUCACAAGUCUGCUGAAGAAUCCAAGUCCGAAGCUACCAUGGAUGUGUACAAGCUGGGCUAA